CGGGGGCGGCUGAGCGCCGCCAUUUUGCAGGAAGAGAGGCAUUCGGGCCUGUCAGCGAGGGGAGAGCAGCGUCUGCCAUGGCCAAUGUGCUCUGUAACAGAGCAAGAUUGGUCACCUACCUGCCAGGCUUUUAUUCCUUGGUGAGAAGAGUUGGGGCUGCCAAAGCUUUUUCCACUGCAGGAUCCUCUGGCUCUGAUGAGCCUCACGUGGCUGCUGCACCUCCUGAUUUAUGUCCCAGGACAGUGUGGCCAGAUGAGGUGAUGGGGCCCUUUGGCCCCCAGGAUCAGCGCUUCCAGCUGCCUGGGAACAUCGGCUUCGACUGCCACCUCCAUGGCACAGCUUCCCAGAAGAAAUCCCAGCCCUCCAAGAGCCUCCCUGAUAUUUUAGCAGAGCCCUCAGCCAGUGAGAGGCACGAAUUUGUCAUGGCACAAUACAUCAAUGAAUUCCAGGGUUCUGGUGCUCCCCAGAAGCAGCAAAUCAAUAAUGCUGAAACCUACUUUGAAAAUGCCAAGGUGGAAUGUGCAGUGCAAGCCUGUCCUGAGCUGCUGAGAAAAGAUUUCCAGUCCCUGUUCCCAGAGCUGAAUUCCACCCAUCUGACUGUGCUCACUGUCACCCAGAAAACCCAAAAUGACAUGACUGUGUGGAGCCAGGAGGUGGAGGAUGAGAGAGAGAUGCUCUUAGAAAAUUUCAUCAAUGGUGCCAAGGAAAUCUGCUAUGCAAUUUCUUCUGAGGGCUACUGGGCUGAUUUCAUUGAUCCAUCCUCAGGACUGGCUUUUUUUGGGCCUUACACCAACACCCCCCUGCUGGAGACGGACGAGCGCUACCGGCAUUUGGGAUUUUCCGUGGAUGACCUGGGCUGCUGCAAAGUGAUCAGGCACAACCUUUGGGGCACCCACGUGGUGGUGGGGAGCAUUUUCACCAACGCUGAGCCUGACAGCCCCAUCAUGAGGAAACUCAGUGGGAACUGAGCCCUCCCACCCCCCUCAGAACCCCUCAGGUUCUCUGUGCUUUGACUUGGAUGGUUCUCCCUCAGUGGCGGCAGGAGUUCCUCACUUCCCAAGUGUUCUUAGAGAAUAAAAGUAGCUGUUAUUUA